AUGACUCAAACCGUGGCAGCAUCCAGCGUGGGGUUUCCCCAGUCUUUGUUCUCCGACCGCCAUCAGGGCCCAGGGGCCCGUGGCAGCAAGGGUCGGAACGCACUCACAUGGUCCAUGGUACUCCUCCCGGAGAAUGUGGCCAGUCAACAUGGAUACAAGAUGUCGAUCUCUGCGGCCUUGAUUUCCCAAGGAGGCGCAGACCCUCGCAAUGUGCUGGCGGCGGGAGCAACAGACAACGUGAGUGUGUGUAGCACGGCUCACCAGCUGCGACACUUUGACAUGCCCGCCACUCGAUCGGCAUCCUUGGCCUGCAGGGAAUUUCACCCCCCUCUUUCCAUCGUGACGAGAUGA